ACCACUGGUCCCAUCUUGGUUGAGAGAGGUGAGAGCAGAGCGAAACGUCCAUAUUACAGCUGCUUUGUCAGCACCUUCCAUGGUAAUGGACCCUCCUGGAGGGGGAGACGAACGACGGAGGCAGGCAGAGCGUCUUCGACGCGAGGAGGCAUACUAUCACUUCAUUAAUGAACUGAGUGAAGAGGACUACCGUCUCAUGAGAGACGGCAACCUGCUGGGCACUCCAGGUGAGGUAACUGCAGAUGAAUUGCAGCAGCGUCUGAAUGGCGCAAAAGAGCGUGUAUUGUCUCAGCCCCACACCGAACAACGCUCACAGACUGCUUACUCUGGAGAACAGCAGAGCAGUAGCAGUGGGGGAGAGGAGAGAGGCGCAGGAGGAAGAGGAGGAGCAGGGAAUACAGAACCUGGAGCAGAGUCGUCUAAUGGUGAUUCAUUACUUGAAUGGCUUAACACAUUUAGACGCACCGGUAAUGCUACUCGGAGCGGGCAGAGUGGCAACCAGACAUGGAGGGCUGUCAGCCGGACCAAUCCUAACAGUGGGGAAUUUCGCUUUAGCCUGGAGAUCAACAUAAACCAUGAUCAGCCUGAGCCUGGAGAGCAAAAUGACAGUGUGAACGCUGCAGAUCCAGCAGAGCUUACUCCUGUAAACACAACUGCACCCUCUAUACGCACUGGUACCUCACUCUCCAGCCCUCGCCCUUCAACUGCACCAAGGUCAGCCCCCUAUCCCUCCCCCAGUCAGACCAACAGUAGAAGGAUGGAGACACGACGUACACGCAGCAGCACUACCACGCUUUCUCUAAGCCCCCCUGUACUUCUUCCUCCAGAAGCAACCCCAGCUACUACUCAAAGGAGGGCUACGUCUUUGCACUCAUCAGCACCUUCUCCCACUGUUCCCAAUCCUCCUGUUGCUCAAACUACACCCUCUCAGCAUCAGCUCCUGGAUAUAGAGGCUGAACGUGGGCAUGAUGACAUGUCUGCUUCUCAAGACUGUCCUUGGGUGUUACCCGAUUCUGAAUCACAAGCUCCAGCUGCAGGACACGAAUCUCGCAGCAGUAGGACUCGAUCACGAGGUCGUGCACGUAGGACUGCAACCGGAGGUGGAGUUUCGUCUCGUGUGUCAAGACGAAGUCGUUCCCCUUUACACAGAACACCUAUUAUCAGUACCACACCACCAUCCAGCAGUGUGCCCAUUGGUUUUACCAUCCAUACUCAGCCAACCAGUGUAACAACGUCGGUGUCGAUGGAGACCGGGGAGCCUAUAUCAGAACCUACUGCUUUAUCAGAGACAGCUGUGGAAGCUGUACAGCGUGAGAGGGAAUCGCAAACAGUAGGAGCAGGAGGUUCAGCGGUGAGACGACACCCGACCAUCAUGUUGGACCUGCAAGUGAGAAGAAUUCGACCUGGGGAAAACCGAGAUCGGGACAGCAUUGCUAGCAGAACACGUUCACGCGCGCGGGUCGCAGAGAAUACCGUCACGUUUGAAAGCGAUAGCGGUGGAUUUAGACGCACCAUCUCCCGUUCCGAGCGAGCUGGAAUCCGCACUUAUGUGAGCACUAUUCGGAUUCCCCUGAGGCGCAUCAGUGAGACAGGCCUGGGAGAACCCAACUCCACUGCCUUACGCUCCAUCUUGCGCCAGAUUAUGACUGGAUUUGGGGAGCUUAGCUCUCUAAUGGAGACAGAGGCUAGUUCUGAAACUGUUGCACCUAGCCAUGCAGAUGUUACAGGGACAAAUGGUAACACCAACCCGACCAGUCAUCUACAUUCAAAUGAGAGUGUUUCUGGCCAGGAUGGUCCAGGUGAGGUGGUGUUGGAGAGGGAGAGGCUGGUGGGGCGUGAGGAAGAGCAAAGUGGACAGGCCGGGCUUCAGGGUGGAGGAGUUGGCACCACUGAUGGACGGGCAAGCAGUAGGGACACAAACAACUUGGUAGAAAAUGGCACUCUACCUAUUCUGCGGCUGGCUCACUUCUUUUUGCUCAAUGAUGAGGACGACGAAGAACAUCCCAGGGGCCUGACCAAAGAGCAAAUUGACAAUCUCUCCACACGUACAUACGGUCAGGCCAGCCUGGAGGGGGAAAUGGGUCGUGCAUGUAGUGUUUGCAUCAAUGAAUACGCUCAAGGCAACAAGUUGCGCCGUCUGCCCUGCUCCCAUGAAUUCCACAUCCACUGCAUUGACCGCUGGCUUUCUGAAAACAACACCUGCCCUAUCUGCAGGCAGCCUGUGCUCUCUGUGCAUCACGAUUGACAUCUUUGCUUUCAGACAUAACUAAAGCGCUC